UCGCAUCCGAGUGCUGCUUGGGAAACAUAACCUGGCACUUACAGAGUCAACACAGCAGUCGAUUUAUUCAUCUAAAGUCAUCCGCCACUCUGGCUACAGCUCCCAGACCCUGGACAAUGACAUCAUGCUCAUCAAGCUUUCUCAAUCCGCCCAGCUCAGCCGCGCUGUCAGCACAGUUCCUCUGCCCACCAGCUGCGUGGCUGCGGGCACCACGUGCCUGAUCUCUGGCUGGGGCAACACCCUCAGCAAUGGCUAUCUGUAUCCCGACACCUUGCAGUGCCUGAACGCUCCCGUUCUCUCUGCAAGCGAGUGCAGCGCAGCCUACCCUGGGGACAUCACAGAUAACAUGAUAUGUGUGGGAUACCUGGAGGGAGGGAAAGACUCCUGCCAGGGCGAUUCCGGCGGUCCAGUCGUCUGCGACGGGGAGCUCCAGGGCAUUGUUUCCUGGGGUUAUGGAUGUGCGGAGGAAGGCUAUCCCGGGGUUUACACUAAGGUUUGCAACUACGUCUCCUGGAUCGAAGAAACUAUAGCUGCCAACUGA